AUUGCCUGGCUGCACAUGGCCAUUGUCUCCGACGACACGCUUCCUCCUCCUCGUCACAUGAGUUGUGUCCAGUUGUUGCGCACCGCACCGCGCCGAAUCCAGUCGCAACGCGGCCGCAUCGCGCCGCGCUACCGUUCUCCUCCGCCCCGCUCCGCGUCUUUAUUAUUUGGCUCGGGGGUUGGGACCCCUUUCUAUUUCACCAGUCCCACCCCCGCCGCUCCCCAGCCUCUUCCCACUUUAUCCCUCUCGCCCACCUCCCUCCUCUCCUCUCCUCUCCCCUCCUCUCGUCACACCGCGCCAGCUAAGGCUUCGCUGUGCGCUCCCCUCCCCCACGCGCAUUCAUUCUCGCCCGCUACCCCUCGCCGCCGCCGCGCCAUGGCCGGCGUUAGGAGCCUCGUGCUGCUCCUCCUGGUGCUCGCCGUCGCGCUGUCCGCCUCCGCCUCGUCCAUCGCCGGCGGGGACCACCUGCAGCUCGGCCUCCUCUCCGGCGGCGCUGGCCGCGGGGAGUGCAGGGGCACCGUGGCCGAGUGCGGCGGGGAGGACGCGGAGGGGGAGCUCGGGUCCGCGUCGGCCGAGGCGCACCGCCGCGUGCUGCAGGGCCGCGGCUACAUCAGCUACGGCGCGCUGCGCAGGGGCACCGUCCCCUGCAACCGCCGCGGCGCCAGCUACUACAACUGCCGCCCCGGCGCCCAGGCCAACCCCUACCACCGCGGAUGCUCCCGCAUCACCCGCUGCCGCGGCUAAGCCUCGGAUCCGCGCCCAGAGAUCACGUCCUCUCAGUUCAAAAAUAAGCUGCUUCUCGUGCUGUUCUUUAAGCGGUGCCACUAGUAUACUGCUGCUGCUACUAUUUAUUAGUUAAAUUUCUUUGGUUGUUGCCGCUGCUGUGUUGGCCUAUUGGGACAUUUGUUGCCGUCGUUGUUGUAAAGUAUAAGAGAGAUUUGUGCCUUAAUAUGAAGAGAUAUUUGUUAUUCUUUGAA